GUGUCAGACUAUUUCUGUCGUCCGUCAAACAUCGUUUUCGUAUUCCGUAUUUGUCAACCGCAUAACUUGUUUAGGUGUACAAAUUGUGUAACAACGCGUCGCAGCUGUCCUAAAUUUAAUCCUCGUUGUUAAUAUAAGUGAAAAUCAAAAACCACCAUCCUUCCACAGUUUCCCGACCAUGGCAAAGAGACCCAUUCGAAACAAACCCAACGUCUCGACAAAAAUAAAACCCCAAAAUACCCGCAUCAUAAUAAAAAAACGCGUAUUUAACAAACCUCAAGUUCAAGACGCUCGCCAGAAGCUCAUCCAGAAGAAACGCAAUAAUGUAAAAGACGCCAGAGACGUCCUUGCGAAAAUUGCGAAAGGCCAAGACGCUCGCAACAAGCUAAACAAACUGAGACAAAAACGGGGUGGAAUAGCAACCGCGAAUGGAAAUAUCAAAGUCAUUGGACACAACAUCCUCCAGAAAACGGACCGGAACGGUAAAAUCAGUUUGGUUACUAAUAAAAGCAAAACAACAACAGGAAUGAACGUGGCAAUACAAAAAGAGUUGGGUUUAAUCACCGCACCCAAAAAAACAGUUAUUAGGCGAACGCUGAACACAAAUCGAAUCCCACCAACUGUAAGGCAGACAGUUUUGAACGACAUCGAUCCAGUUUAUAGUCAGAUGUUGAGGAGUUAUGAACCUUCAUUGUACAAAUGGUCGAAACCGGGGUUGCGUACGACGGCAUCUCAGUUGAUCGGGUCUCUUGAAACUCGGAGAGCUCAAGGCUGGCAGAACUUCCCGGUUAGUAAACCGUUGAGAAUGCCACAUGCUUAUGUAGAUCUGGAUGCUGUUGAUGAUGAAGAGAUGCCGCUAGCCCCCAUUAAACAAACGAUAUCGUUGCAAGGCUCCUCGAGAAUUUCAAACAUACAUUCGAGGUUGGAUAGUAGCCCCAUUGAGCAAGAGACACAUGGGAUUUUUGGGCAACCGAAAACUAAAGUAGUUGUACCAGCAGGACAUAGAAUAGUUGUUUCAAACUUGCAACCUACCGUUACUCAAGAUGACGUUAAGGAAUUAUUUGAAGAUAUUGGUCAGUUGCUGGCUGCUAGAUUGGUGCGUCCAGGAGUUGCUGAAGUUAUUUAUAAGAAUCUAAAGGAUGCUCAAAAAGCGGUGGAUACUUAUCAUAACAGACAGUUGGAUGGUCAACCUAUGAAAUGUCUUCUUGUUAAUAAAAGACCGUUGAAUAAUCCCACAGCGCCGGCUCUCAGCAAAAUGGAUAGUCAAGGGUUGUUAAAUACCGUGGAAGUUUCAAAUUCUGCCAAUAGUAAGUUAGUACCAGAUUUGUCCACAAUCCACAAAGUGUUGUUCCAGAGGAAAUAGAAUAAGCGUUUUGUAAUUACGAGUGUCAAGGUCAAUCUUGUGUUAUUAAAAUUAAGUAUGUGUUUAUAUAUUUUUUUUGAAGUAUGUAAUAAUAAAAGUCGCUAAUACAA